AUGCUACGCCAUUCAGUUAGCUCAGAGCUGCGUUUGGGCUUUUCGACUUUGGCUCGACCUGAAGCGACGGCGACGCCAUUUGCUCAGCAAAACAGGGCGUCCUUGCACAGCAUUUGCACAGCAUUUGCACCUGGAGCACCUGAGAAGAUCUCAGAGGGGAGAGUUGAGUCAGAGUUGAGCACCGGAGAUUCGGAUGUUUUGCUGCCAUGUCUCGGUUUGGCAGUCUUGGAUUUGCUCCUGGCAAAGUGGCGUCCAGCUGUCGACCAGCAGGCAUGGGAUACUUUGAUGUCCUUGGACUCCCAUGCUGUGGACAUUUUACAGGAGCUUGAUCUGAAAACUGACAGUGUCAACAAUCCCUCGGCCUACAUCCAGCGGGCAGUGAGCAACGCGUUGAGGGGGCAGCCGGUGGGGCUGUCCCAUGGCCGCGAUCCCAAUCCAGGCGUGGUGACGCCUGCGCCGGCAGCGCAGGGGACGCACUACAUGGUGGCACCAGGAAUUAUUCUGGACGAGAAAGCCACGGUUGCUCUGCAAGGCACUGCGCCUGAGAUCGCAGCUCAAGUCAUCGCAGAGCUGCAGACCAAGGAUCCCAGAGAGGUGCGGAAUCCAUCGGCCUACGUGCAGCGAGCCUUAUCCAACGCCAAACUCAAGGCCCCGCAGGUAGCGGUUCCUCAAGAGAUCCAGAGCGCCAAGAACGUUGGGAGCGACGUCUCUGCGCGCCUGGACGAUGAUGCCAGACAUGCGCUGCAGGAAGUGAGCCCCGAGGCUGCCCAGCAUAUUUUGCAGCUUCUUGCUGAAGCUGGAGAUAAGGUUCACAAUCCAUCUGCUUACGUGAUGAAGGCGGUCAGAAACCAUCAGGAGGGCGACCGCGUGCGAAACGACCUAAGCGAGCGAGGUGUUGGUUUUGUCGAUCGUGGAGAUGGGGGCAGCGCAGAGGGAGUUGUCGACGGAGCUGAGUUGGAAGAGGAGCUGCGAUUAGUCGCUUUGGAUGAGAAAGCUCAGACAGCGCUGAAAUCGCUGCCGGCAACUUCGGCCGUGCAAAUUCUUCGCAAUCUGAGAAAACAAGCUCGCCAGGUCUCCAACUGCAGCGCCUGGGUCGUCAAGGCCGUGGGCAACGCCACUGCGAGGCCGCCGGCCGCAGCAGCGUCUGCUUACAAGCGACAACGUAUGCUGAUUGUGACGAUGGUACAGACUUUUCCGGCCAAGAACACCGCCGAGGGUGUGGAUGCAGUGGUGCAGCUUGGCGACAUCAUCGAUGGUUGCAACAGUAAAUUGAAAGAAAGCGAGAAAGCGCUGAAGGCGGUGCUGGAGGUUUUGUCCAAGAGUGUUGUACCUCGCUAUGACCUCAUUGGGAAUCACGAGUUGUAUAAUUUGCAUCGCCCGGAGCUCGAAAAAUGUGGCCUGCGCUGUGGUCCAUCUGGUGGACGCAGCUACUACUCUGCGCAUUUGGGCGAUAGCUGGGAGGGGAUCUUUCUGGAUCCUUUUGAAGUGGCGCUCAUAGGGCAGCCGCAAGAUUCUCCCGCAUUUCGAGAAGCCACGCAGAUGAUGCAAGACCACAAUCCGCAAGUGUUGGCUGGUGCGAAAGACUGGUUUGCUGGUUUGCCGCACGAGAAACACCGCUAUGUCCCUUACAACGGCGCUAUCUCACAACAGCAGUUGGAAUGGAUGAAAACAGCCAUACGGUCGGCAGAGGCAGACUCGAGAAAGAUCCUGGUUUUCCUACACGUACCUCUCUACGAGCCUGCCACCAAAGCAAAGACCGUGGUGUGGAACGCCGAGGAGAUCCUCCAAGUCCUCCAUGAGCAUGGGGAAUCUGUGGUGGCGGUGUUUGCUGGCCAUGAUCACGAUGGCGGCUACGCCGUGGAUGAAGGAGGAUUGCACCACAUCACCAUGAACUCGCCUUUGACUGCCCAUGGGGAUUGCUUUGCAAUCUUAGAGUGUCACGACGAAGGUUGGGCACAUUUCAAAGCUUUUGGUCGUGCCUGCGUCGAAAGCAACACACUUGGCAACGGCCGUGCCUAUCCUGAACUUAUCCUUGCAAAAGAUGCAGUGAAUGUUGCGAGCCCAGUGAGUCGGGCCAGCGAGGAAGGCUCGCUGCAGCUCCAGGCCAUGGGCUUCGAUGGCAGUGAGGCCAAGAAGGCCUUGGAGGCCACUUCUGGCAAUGUCGAUGCAGCGGUAGCUUUGCUUUGUGGUUAA